AUGGACGUGCCUGCACUUCGAGACCGCAUACAGUCUACCCUCGACGCAAAUGCGGAUAUUCGCCGUCAGGCCGAGUUGGACUUGAAAUAUGCCGAGUCCCAAGCCGGUUUUAUAAAUGCGCUGUUGGAUAUUCUGCAGGGAGAGCAAAAUAAUGCCGUUCAACUGUCGGCCGGUGUCUACCUGAAGAACCGCAUCAACCGCGGUUGGUCUACGGUGGAGGAUAACCCGCUGCGCACGCCCAUCUCCGACGCCGAGAAGCCCGGAUUCCGAGAGAGGUUGAUUCCGGCAUUGGCCUCGACGCCUCCGAACGUUCGCGCCCAGCUCGUCCCGCUUCUGCAGAAGAUCCUCCAACAUGACUUCCCCGAGCAGUGGCCCGGGUUCCUGGACAUCACGCUCCAGCUGCUCAGUGCCAACGAUGCCAAUUCGGUCUAUGCGGGUCUGCAAUGUCUGCUGGCCAUCUGCCGCGUCUACCGAUUCAAGGCUGGGGAAAAGAGGGAGGAAUUCGACAAGAUCGUCGAGCAUACGUUCCCGCAGCUGCUGAACAUCGGUAUGAAGUUGGUCGAUGAGGAAAGCCUGGAGGCCGCGGAGAUGCUCCGGAUUGUGGUCAAAUCUUUCAAACAUGCUAUUUGUUUCGAGCUGGCGCCUCAUCUGCAGUCGCAGCAGGCCACCGUCGAUUGGUGCACGUUGUUCUUGAGGAUCAUCGCCAAGGAGCCCCCGGCCUGCUCCAUGUUGGAGUCCAAAGAGGAGCGGGAACUCAACCACUGGUGGAAGUGUAAGAAGUGGUCCUACGCCAACUUGAACCGUCUCUUCAUCAGAUACGGCAAUCCGACGACGAUGACCAAGUCGAGCACCCCCGAUUACACUCAAUACGGCAAGGCGUUCAUCAGCACCUUUGCCCCCGAAAUCCUCAAGGGGUACCUGCAGGAGAUCGAGAAAUGGGUCUCCAAGGGCCAGUGGUUGAGCAGCUCCGCGCUCGCCUACACCUUGGUGUUCCUGGAGGAGUGUGUCAAGCCCAAGGCCAUGUGGGAUCACCUGAAGGAGCACAUGGAGAACCUGGUCGCUCACUUCAUCUUCCCCAUCCUCUGCCAAUCCGAUGAGGACAUCGAGCUGUUCGAGACCGACCCCUCCGAAUACCUCCACCGCAAGCUGAACUACUACGAGGAAGUCUCGUCUCCCGACAUCGCCGCGACCAACUUCCUGGUGGCGCUCACCAAGAACCGAAAGAAGCAGACCUUCUCGAUCCUGACCUUUGUCAAUGGCGUCGUCAGCAAGUACGAGGCUGCGCCGGAGGACCAGAAAUUGCCGCGGGAGAAGGAGGGUGCGUUGCGGAUGAUCGGCUCCCUGUCUUCGGUGAUCUUGGGCAAGAAGAGUCCGAUCGCGGACCAGGUCGAGUACUUCUUCGUGCGCCACGUUUUCCCCGAGUUCCGCAGCCCCCACGGAUUCCUCAGGGCCCGUGCCUGCGACACCCUGGAGAAGUUCGAGCAGCUGGAUUUCAGCGACCCGAACAACCUCAUGAUCAUCUACCGGAACAUCCUCGAGUCGAUGACGGACCCCGAGUUGCCCGUCCGGGUCGAGGCGGCCCUGGCCUUGCAGCCCCUCAUCCGACACGACAUCAUCCGGACCUCGAUGCAGCAGAACAUCCCCCAGAUCAUGCAGCAGCUUCUGAAGCUGGCCAACGAGGUCGACGUGGAUGCGCUGGCCAACGUGAUGGAGGACUUUGUCGAGGUCUUCUCCGCCGAACUCACGCCGUUCGCCGUGGCCUUGAGCGAGCAGCUGCGCGACACCUACAUGCGUAUUGUCGGCGAGCUCCUCGAGCGCAACGCCGCCAAGGGCGACGAGGAUGCGUAUGGCGAUUUCCUGGAUGACAAGAGCAUCACCGCGCUGGGUGUUUUGCAGACGAUCGGGACUCUCAUCCUGACCCUCGAAAGCACGCCCGACGUGUUGCUGCACCUCGAGACGAUCCUCAUGCCCGUGAUCAGCAUCACGCUCGAGAACAAGCUGUACGAUCUGUACAACGAGGUGUUCGAGAUCAUCGACAGCUGCACGUUUGCGUCCAAGCACAUCUCGCCGACCAUGUGGCAGGCGUUCGAGCUCAUCCACAAGACCUUCAAGGCUGGCGCCGAGCUGUACCUGGAGGACAUGCUGCCCGCCCUGGACAACUACGUGGCGUACGGCUCCGACAUGAUGGUUCAGAACCCGGCCUACAUGGCCGCCAUUGUCAGCAUGGUCGAAGACAUCUUCGGCGACGAAAAGGUCGGCGGCGUGGACCGGAUCUGCGGAUGCAAGCUGGCGGAGACCGUGAUGCUGAACCUCCGCGGCUACAUCGACCAGUACAUCCCUCUCUUCAUCGAGAUGCCCAUGCGCGUCAUCGACACCGGGGAUGCCAGCACCAAGUCCUACCGCAUCCACCUGAUCGAGAUGGUCAUCAACGCCAUCUACUACAACCCCGUCCUCAGUCUGCAGGUCCUGGAAGCCAAGGACAUGACCAACAAGUUCUUCAGCACCUGGUUCUCCAACAUUGACAACUUCCGACGGGUGCACGACAAGAAGCUGUCGAUCGCGGCGAUCAGCUCGCUCUUGACGCUGAAGGGUAACGAUGUCCCGCCGAGUGUGCAGCAAGGCUGGCCUAGGUUGCUCCAGGGCGUGACGAGGCUCUUCCAGACGCUGCCUGCCGCUCUCAAGAGUCGCGAGGAUGCCACGAAAGAAUCCGACUUCACGUAUGACGACGAGGAGGGCGAGGAAGAUGAGGAAGACUGGGAUGGGGAGAUCGAAUGGACCGACCAGGAUGAGACCGAAGGUGGCCUCGACGGGGAUGUUGCCGACGAGGGCGCCGCCUAUCUGGAUUUCUUGAACAAAGAGGCACAGAAAUUCGGGUCAUUCGCCGACGACGAUGACGAAGAGAUGGACGAGGAGAGCCUCCUCGAGACGCCUCUGGACAAGAUCGAGCCGUACAGCCUGUUCAAGCACGUCUUCAUGAACCUCCAGCAGGAGCAGCCCCAGCUGUACGAGAACCUGACCAAGGUCCUCGACCCGAACGAGCAGCAGAUCCUGCAGGGUGUCUUCCACGAGGCAGACGCCAAGCUGGCUGCUGCGAACGAAGCUGCCGCCAUGGCGACGAACGGAAACCAAUAG